CCAACCACGAAGAUCCGAGAUAGCGAUAGCGUUCGUAAAUUUCUUUUUCUCCUUAGCCUUCUGGCCCCGUGCAAGGCAAAACGAGUUAAGUUACGUCCGACUGUGUGGCCUGAUGGGCUGUUUGUGUCCUCUCUCUACGCUGAAAUUCACUUUUACGGCGAGAUUUCCUUGACAUCUGUGCGGAAAUUUUCGGUCUCAUGCUGCAGUUGAGCUUCGUACUUCACUAGUCAUUGAUUCAGUGAUGUACGGUGUUCUCCAACAGCCGGUCAAGAGACCAGGAAAACCAACACCUUUGAAUUUCUAAGCUUCAUUUUUACUACAAUUGCCUGUAAAUAGCUUUAAAAAAGAGGAACGGGAUUGACAUGGAACAAGAUCCAAAGGCUGCAAAAACUUCAUUUUCCGGGACAAGGUCCCUGUUAUUUUGGUGUCGACAACAGACAGAGAGUUACAACGAUGUGAAUGUGUUUAACAUGUCGACUUCAUGGCGGGAUGGUUUGGCGUUCUGUGCGAUUAUCCACCGUUACAGGCCGGAUUUGAUAGAGUUCGACAGGCUGUCCAAAGAGAACAUCAUGGAAAACAAUGAGCUUGCUUUUAGUGUGGCAGAGAAGCAUUUUGGUAUUCCAAUCGUACUUGAUGCAGGUGACAUGGUAGAAAAUAUCAUUCCAGAUAAAUUGAGUGUUAUCACCUAUGUCUCGCAGCUGUACGAGUACUUCAAGAACAGAACUCCAGCAAACCAGGGCUAUUCCACUAAGAUGAAUAUCCAGCCAAAAACACGAAGUGAAUCUACAGGUCACAAAGGCAGCAAGCGUAUCUCACCUUCCCAUCAGAUAUACCUCUUGUCAGGUCAUGCAAAGAGGGUUGCUACAGCCUUGCGGAAUGUUUUCAAGUCUGAUGCUAAAGAAGAAUCAACCAAGAGCAAGGAGCAGGGUCAAGGCAGUAAAUAUUUAAGCGUUGAACCUUUAAGGACAAACCAGGAAACAAACAGAAAUACUGAUGAACUCAUCCCAAGUGCACCAGGAAAAUCACCAUUGCUGGGAAAUGAUUGUUUUAUCUGUCACAGCAGAGUGUUUCUCAUGGAAAGACUGAUUGCAGAAAGGAAGCUGUUCCACAGGGCAUGCUUCAGAUGUGAUAAAUGCAAAGCCUGCCUUCGACCUGGAACAUAUCAUUACUUUCCUAAUACCCAGAAGUUCUGCUGUUUAUUUGAUUGCCCAGGAGGUCAGAGGGAAAAUCCCAUAAAAAUUAAACUAGAACCCUUAACAAAUGCUGCCCAGCAAAAACAAACAGAGGAGGGUCCAUCACCUGAAUCUUCUCCCAAUCUGUCCGAUAACAAUUCUACAAAACCAUCUGAUAAAAGCCCACUUCAGAGACAGUUCUCAGUUGUUAAAAAGAAUGCAAUAACAUUAGCUGCAUUGCCACAGCCACUAACCCAAGGGAAACCUCGUGUUAUGAAAAGCCAAAAGCAGUCACACUCAUCACAGCGUUAUGACAGGUCACAGGCAAAGAGAAUUGAGCCUGGUGAGAAAAAACGGCGAUUCUCUGGUGGAGGAAGACCCAGGAAAAAACGUGAUGGGAAAGGAAGAUAUUUUGACUCUGAGGAACUGGGUGAUCAGGGAAAUUCCUCCUGGUCACCAGAAAACAAAAGACGAGCUCCUGAUAUUAGUCUAGUUGAUGAUGAAAGUGAUAGUGUUAAAAAUAGCAGUAGUGAAGUGGUAAGCAAGACCUUGAGUGUGAAGGUACCAGAUGAUAGUUCAGGAAUUUCAUUAUCAAAGUCUCUUUUUGUAUCUGAAGAACAGCAAGAGGAGGAGGAAAAACUUAAACAGAAACCUGAUGAUCAAAGGUCUACAAAAGAGCCAGAAUCGCCUUCUGUGAAUCUUCUUUUUUCUUUUAAAGAGGAAUUACUGAAGAGGGCAACAGAAGGUAAAAUGGAUAGUGAUGAUGAUAAGGUAGCGAAGGAAGGUGAUACUGAUUGUGUUACACCAGAAUUUUCAAAUCAGGAACCCAAGACAAAAUUAGGAAACAGCAAAACUGGAGACAGUGAUUCAUUGGAAAAUGAAUCUGAUAGUCAUGUCAGGAACUCAAAAGAGGACAACUUGGAGAAGCCAGACAAUCAGCAUAAAUGUUCAGAUUCUAGUGUCCAAAGUGAUUCAACUAAGUCAACAAAAUCAGUGUCAUCACGGAAGACAAGUGUUUCUGAAGAGUCUGAGCCUUCAACAGCUGCCAAGGGUGUACAAAGACUGCGGGAAAAGUUUCUGAACAUUAAUGACAUGAUUGAUGAAAAACACAAGAAUAACUUGGCGAAGAAAAGUGUUGAAAUUCAGAGAGAACUAAGGUGUGUCUCUGCUUGGAAACAACAGACAGAAUCUCAUCAAGUUACAUCAAGGAAACAUUCAAUAAGCUCUGGAAAGGCAGCUGAGGUAAAGAAACCAAGCUUUGGUACAAGUCGGCGGAGUGUUAAGGAAUUAAGAAAAAUGUAUAUGGACAAUGGAAGUAGUGAAAGAAAAUCUGUUGGAGGGAAAUCAGAUAUAGUACCAUCAAAAUCUGAUAAUUCCUCCGCAGGAAUUGAACAAAAGUCAAAUAUUACUGUUACAGAAAAAACAGCUGAUCUCCCUUCAAGUGAAUCCAAAGAAAAAUCUGAUUCUUCUGAGCUUGGAAGUGAAGAAAGUACAGAACAAGCUGAUGAUCAUACAACUGGGUCUAAGGACAACAAUAAUUCAUCUGACUCUAGGGAUACUGAAUUUGUUACCUUACCUGAUACUUCUACAGAUAGAUUGCAAAGUAUAGAUGCAAAUGACAACAUAGUAAUUAUAAAUGUUGAUCACACGCAACAAGAUGAAAGUGUUUCAAGUGACAGUCAAAUUAGUGGAGGGCCACCUUCUACAGAAAAUGAUUACUCGGAGACUAAGUCUGACCAGGUGUCAAGCGAGGUUCCAUCACUUCAAGUUGAACCUGCUAGUCCUCAUUCUCCUAAUCAUGAACAAAAUUCUCCAGGGUUAAAAAGACAUUCAGCAUCCCAUGACAGUGGUAUUGAUAUGCCUUUAUAUACACAAAGUAAUUUUCAGAGGUCUCUGUCAGCUGAUGACAAAAUGUCUGCAAGGAAUUUGAAAGUUGCAGCAGAAUUUUCCUUCUCAGGAAGUGAUUCAUCUGUGUCACCCACUGAAAAACAACUGCCAAGAGAAAGUUUGAAAGAUUUGCAAACUUCAGGUGAUCCAUCAUCACCAGGUAUUGGCUAUUUGCCUGAGAUUCAAUGGUCCUUGCCUUUAUCAAGUGAACACAGAGCAUCUUUUAGUGGCUCUAGUUCAUCAUGCAGCUCACCUAGAAUGUCCAUCAUCAUAGCUCAGGAAGCAGCUACCACCAAAAUUAACAGCAGAUUUUUCACUGUUGAAACCAUGGAACCCUGGGACUUGGAAUAUCAUAGGAUUGCAGAGGAGCAUCAAUGUGUCAUGGAAGUUGAGGGAGAAUUCUGCUUUGGUAGAGAAAAUAGUAAAACCAGCAGAGCAGAAAGAGAUGCAAUUUUCUCAUUGCGGGGUGCUAAGAAUCACGGCUGUAACAGUACUGAUCUGAUUAAGGAGGAAGAAAUAACACUUUCUCCUGCAGAGAUUGAUACUGAAUUACAGUCUCUGGAGGCAUUACACAGAGAGCUGGAAAGACGGGGAGUGAAAAUUGAACACAACUUGAGGGAAAGUAUGGACUCUGAAAGACCCUUCAAUGAUUGUGAGGAAGAACUUCUGAGGGAAUGGCUCAGUGUGGUUCAUGAAAGGAAUGUGAUAAUGAGAAGGGAGUCAGAACUGAUAUACCUGUAUAGCCACAGUACCUGAAAACAGCUGGAAUCAGAGACCAGAUUACACCAAAGUUGCAUUUUCAAGAUUUUAUUGCUAGCAGCAGUAGUCUCAAGUGACAAUGAAUUUUCUUCAGAUGCUGAUUAAAAUGUUUGAGCCUUUUCAAACUGUUGUGUUAACCUCUUUCAGCAGCAAGCACAGUCUCAAGCAACGAACUGUAGAAAUUAGGCUAACGUUUUAGACUGUUGUCAAAGAUUUUAGCAGUUGUAACAUCUUUCAAUUUUGGUGCAUUUUGUAUUUUAUGGAAUUCUCUGAUUGAUAGCAGAAUAAUUUUGAUUUCAACGGUCGGAUAGUUUUGUACUUUAGACAUUGACAGGGAGGUGUAGCGUCACAGUUCUCAUCCGAACACAUUUUCUAGUUUCUGGUUUUCAAACUUUUUAUUAGGAAUAGUCGAGAAGUUGAUAAUGUUUUUUUGUUCCUUUUGAUGUGAAAGGCUUUCAUGUACACUGUGGUCUAUGAGGGGCUACUUAUUUUUAUCAAACUUAAGCUGUUUUUGAGGAAAAACCACUCUUAACCAUUUAAUCCCUGAGUAGCCAGCGUCUAAUUUCUCCUUACAAUAAUACUGGUGAAUCAUUCAUUUAGAUCAUGAGAAUAAAGGAAAUGAUCACAACCUAAGAAGCUGUGAUUGGUAAAUGAAUUCUCCUUGUCAGUAUCAAAGGAAAUGUAUAGAGAAGAGUAAGAAGAAUAUGCAUACUGAUGUUAGGGUGGAAACGCUUAACAAUGUUCUAUUUAGCCUUUAAGUAGGCCCCCAUUAUAAAUGCUGCAGGAUGCACAUUUCUCUCCCCACAAGAUUUGAGACAAGUCAGGGAUAGGUUUGCCUCAUUCUCAGUACUCAAUCCCUUGAAGACCUCUUGCCAGCUCCAGUCGCUGAAGGCCUCAUACUUUCCCUGUGAACUUGUGCUGAAAUGGCCUGCUCACAGGCUAUCUCCUAUUUGGCCAAAUUAAGUGUUUUAUUUGAAUAUUGAUUAGUGUGAACAUUUCAAAGAAGGCUGGCAUCUAACACUUCAUAAAAUAAUCUAAUUUUUCACUUCAAACAAACCACUUUUAAAGAAAUUUGCUGGUCCAUAAGUUGUUUAAACCAUAGCUUGAGCCAGACUUCAUUUACAUGUACAUCCUACAAAGUUUCGCAUUACCUUUGUGGAAAGGUCAGAACAUUUAAUCUUGACAUGAGUAGAUUACUGGUUUAACCAGCACUGCUGAGCUUUGCUUGAUAUUUCUGUGCUUAGAAUGAUUAUGAGAUGGUUACAAUAUGGAUUAAAAAAUUAUUUAGAUUCUUUUUCUUUGCCUUAAUGCUUUCAAAACUGUCCCAUUUUAAUUAAAAUAAAUUACUUAAUUUAUCAAAUUGGGUUCUAGGCCCCUAUGGUGUCUGGUACAUAGCUGCUAAAGGGUCAUAGUCUUUGAAAGGGUUGGUUUUACAAGCCUUGGUUAGAGCAAGACAGGAUUAAUUUUUUGGACUUUAUCUUGCAUUUAAAUGUUUGGACAGCAGGCAGUGAUUUUUGACACACCUCCAAAUUGCAUGUGUGUUCAAAAGUAACAGAAGUGUUGUGAACUUGAGGUUGAAGGGUGAUACAUGAAGAACUAUUUUUUUGAAAAUUAAUGUUAGUUUAGGUUAGGUAUAACACUAAAAAAAUGUGUAUGAUAUUCAUAAAUAUCUAUAUCUUACACUAAGAGGUUAACAAUAUACAGAUCAAAUAGAACUUUCAAUAAAAAAUAUUUUUACAA